AGAGGGGGUAAAGCUUCAAACUUUGGAAGGGUUUAGGGAGUUGCAGGAGCUGGUAAGAGUUUAGUAGUUCCAUUGUUGCUGUCUGUAAUCAAAUUUAGCUUCCAACAUGCCCAAGUCCAAGCGUAAUAGAGAAGUUACAUUAUCGAAGACCAAGAAGAAGGGUAGGGAACAUAAAGAAGCAAUAGUAAAUGCAAUAAGGGAGGCUGUGGAGAAGUACAGUUCUGUCUAUGUCUUCUCUUUUGAGAACAUGAGAAAUCUCAAGUUCAAGGAGUUCAGAGAGCAGCUCAAACCAACUAGCAGAUUUUUCCUUGGAUCAAAUAAAGUGAUGCAGGUUGCUUUGGGACGUUCUGCUGCUGAUGAGAUCAGACCAGGCAUCUAUAAAGUUUCCAAACUACUGUGUGGAGAUUCUGGACUUUUUCUGACCAACAUGCCAAAGGAAGAAGUGGAGAGCUUAUUCAAUAAAUAUGAAGACUAUGACUUUGCAAGGACAGGAAGCAUUGCAACAGAAAAGGUUGAACUUCCAGAAGGCCCUCUAGAACAAUUCACACAUGAGAUGGAACCAUUUUUGCGCAAGCAAGGGAUGCCUGUUCGCUUGAACAAAGGUGUUAUAGAACUUGUUUCAGACUUUGUUGUCUGUGAAGAGGGAAAACCUUUGUCACCUGAGUCUGCUCGGAUACUGCGCUUGUUGGGGAUCAAGAUGGCUACAUUUCGGCUUCAUUUGAUCUGUAGAUGGAGCCCUGAGGACUUUGAACUUUAUAAAGAAGGACUAGAAGAUUCAGAUGUUGAAGCUGCAUAGAGCAAUAAUUUCAGAUUUAUUGAAGUUAUAGAGUUAAAUUUUAAGACUACAUGAUUAAAACUUGAAUCUUGCAAAGAUUAAUGAUCUGGGAUCUUCGUCCUGCCUGGAGGAGGACCAUGUGUGUCAUACUGAAUGAUGAAGCAGCACCUUUUUGGGUCAUUGUCAAGUGGGAUUUUCUUUUAUGAUGGUCUGCAUGCUGCUGUGAAUUUUGAUACAUUCGUCAGGGCUCAAAGUGCUUUUCAAUGUAAAAUUUUCAUAGUUUAUGUUUGUAGGAUUACAAGUUACAUCGUUGUUCUUUAAUUUUUAUGUACAAGAGAUGUCAGUGGAACUCUGAAAGUUUUGCUUCUUAUAAUAGCAUCCGUAUGGUUUUGUUGCCCUUCCAGCUUUGCCGCCUGAAGUUUAAUUGUUAAAUAACUCUAAUUUUUUAAC